GAUAUCUUACCGCCUGCGCCUUGUGAUGGUAGUGAGAGAGGGUGCGGUUCCUGGGGGGAUGUCGUAGAGCGGCGGAGCAUAGCAUCCUACCCUCCCAUACACCUCAUACACGGCUCUUCCUUUGUCCUUGUCCGUCCAGCCUUGCCGCCAGCACCUGCCGCCCAGACCUGCCGCCGCCUGAACGGCCUUCUAGAAAAGCGGCCCAACGGCAAACACACGCGUGAGCCAAACAAACGGACAACGCCGCCAGACGACAACUAAAGCCGCCCAUAACCCGCACGGCGAGGCCUGGAGGAGCAGCCGGAGACGGCACGCAGAAACGGAAGAUGGCAGAGACGGAAGCUAACCACCACCGCCAUAUCUCCAUGGAGAGCUUAAGCCAGCUCGAACAUGCGCCGCCAAACGGGAGUGGGAACGGGACUGCUGAGCUGGACAACAACGCGCCCAGGAACGUUGUGAACGGCGCUGGGGUUGGAGUUGGGGGUGGGGGUGUGGAUGGUUUGGGGGAUUUGUCUGGCCUCCUACCGCAACGCAAAACAAAAACAUCCCCCAUCGCCAUCGACACAUCCCAAUCCCGCCCCCAACAACAAAGCAGCCCAGACACAUCCCAACCCGAUUCCCGGACAACCUCCGCCACCUCCAACGCCCCCGGCUCCCCCACCUUCUCCCACGCCUCCUCCCCCUCCUCCGCCGCCACCGCCCACGACAUGUUCAACCGCCGCUCCUCCCACGCCAAAUCCUACUCCGACGCACAGAUCUUCCGCCCGAGCCUGCCGACACGGAACAAAACGGUCCCGACGGGGUUUUCGACGGUCACUCCGUCACGGCCGGCAUUCUCGACCGCCAAACCGAGACGGCCGUCGUCUUCGGGGACAGGUGGGAUGGGUGGUAGUGGGAGUUCAGUGCACCAUCGGAGUUUCUCAGAGUUGGUCGGAGCCCCGGGCCCGGGGUCUGCACCUGCCAGUGGGGGCCGGUCACCGCAGAUGUUACGAAAACAAUCCGUGAAUGUGUAUGCUGAUAACGGCGCGGACGGGUCUGGUGAUUUCGCGCCCGUUUCAGGUACAGGAACAGGCCGAAUCCGCCGCCCCUCGUUGCAAUCCUUUGACUCAACCCCCUCGACACCGACGCUUGGCGGGGAAGGCCACGACGACGAAUCCUUCUUUGUUCUCGACAAACUGGAAGAGGAUAAAGAAGCUGAGGCCGUCACCUCUGGGGUCUCGAACGCAAAUAGCCCCGUCGGCAGCACUGAGGUGAAGGAGGAGACGAAGAAGGGAUGGGGAUUUAGUCCUGCGUCGUAUUUGCAGGCCAGCUUUCAGGCGGUUAGGGAGUCGAUGUUGGGGGAUGGGGCGGGACAAGGACAAGGACAAGGGCAGGGUGCGGGUGGGGCGGUGACGCAGGGGCCGAAGACGGAGGAGGCGGCGGCGGUGGCGGCGGCUGUUGAGACUGAUUGGGAAUUCUGGGGAAAGCUGAUGAACGAUUACGAAAACACCGUGCGGAGACACCCCCGAACAUUCACCCGUAAACUCCACCUCGGCAUCCCCGACUCCCUCCGCGGCAUGGUCUGGCAACUCAUCUGCAAAGGAAAAGACCCCGACCUCGAAAACCAAUACGCUACCCUCCUCACCCGCACCUCGAUCCACGAAAAAGUCAUCCAGCGCGACCUGGCCCGCACCUUCCCGAAACACGAGCGGUUUGUGGAAGUCGGGGGGCCAGGGCAGGAGAGUUUGUUCAAUAUCAUCAAGGCGUAUAGUCUUUUUGAUACGGAGAUUGGGUAUUGUCAGGGGAUUGCGUUUGUCGUUGGGGCUAUUUUGUUGAAUAUGCCCGACGAAGAAUCCUUCUGCGUCCUCGUCCGCCUCAUGCGCACCUACAACCUGCGCGACCUGUACACGCCCAAAAUGAUCGGGCUCCAGCUCCGCCUGUACCAAUUCGACGAGCUCCUCAUCGAGCACCUCCCGCCCGUGUUCCGGCACCUCGAGACGCACGAAGUGAAAUCCAACAUGUACGCCUCGCAAUGGUUCAUGACGAUGUUUGCGUACCGGUUCCCGCUCGCGUGCGUGUUUCGGAUCAUGGACGUGAUGUUUGCAGAGGGUGUGGACGCGAUGCUGAAGUUUGCGUUGGCGCUGGUGAAGAAGAACUCGGACAAGAUCCUCGCGCUGACCGAAUUCGAGCAACUCCUCGAGUUUCUCAAGAACGGGCUGUUUGACGCGUACGCGGACAACAUCGACCAGUUCGUCGCGGACGCGGUGGCGAUCAAGAUCUCCAAGACGCGGCUGGACAAACUCGCGGCGGACCACGCGGAGGCGGUGCGGUUGGCGGGGCCCGAGCACAUGGAGCUUGAGGCGUUGCGCGCGGAGGCGAGGCGGAUGAACGAGACGAUCCGGAGGAUGGAGAUGGAGUACGAGAUUCUGAACCGCGAGCAUGUCACGCUGGCCAAUCGGCUAUUGGACCAGACCGUGCGCGCGGACAACCUCCAGACGCUCGCGACGACCCUCCAGGCGCGUGUCGCGGUGCUCGAGACGCGGGAGGCGGACGUGGCGGCGUUGGCGGAGGAGCGGGUGCAUGGGGAGAUGCAGCGGCUGGCGCAGAAGAAUCUGGAGCUGACGAGCCGGAACGUGGAGCUGGAGGAGCAGGUGGAUGGGUUGAUGGGGGGGGUGAGGGAGGCGAAGGAGGGGUGGGCCGAGUGUGAGAAUGAGAGGGCGGAGUUGGAGAGGAGGUGGGAGGGGUUAAGGAGGGUCGUUGGGGGUGGGUGAGGGACCUGGAAGGGACGGGCUUUGGAGUGUCCCUGGUGGACCCUUACCAAAGUCACAACGCCCGUCCCCCUGGUCACACGCCACACCCUCGACAAGGAACGUCCUCGGCACCCCCAUCCCAACGUUCAUCACGCCCUCACCGCCUCCGCCGCUUCACAUCCGUCCCCU